GCAAAAGCUACCCAGACCUGCUGCGACGUCAAUGGCAGCCAUGGGCCUUCUCAAAUGCCUGGCUCGGCCCCGCCACUAUGCAUGCAGCCAUUGUAUACGAACGCAACAUAAUGUAUCGCAAGUUCCUCGACGCAGCAGCAACUGGGCUUCAGCCAAUCCGGACCAAGCGGAAUACUGGAAGGAGCGGGCCAGGAGGAUCCGAUCGGGAAACCAGAAGAGCAUGAUGACCAUUUUGGAAGAGCGAGGGCUAGUUAAAGACAUUGCAGGUGGUCGAGAGGCCCUUGACUGGCUACUCAUCGAGCAGCCUGUAGGCGUAUAUGUCGGCGUUGAUCCCACUGCUCCGUCCCUCCACGUCGGCCACCUCCUCCCGUUAAUGGCUCUUUUCUGGAUGUAUAUGCAUGGCUACACAGCAGUCACACUUAUUGGUAAUGGGACCGUACAAAUCGGAGACCCCUCCGGCAGGAUGACGGCACGAGCACGCCAGGACGGCAACGCACAACCACUCAACGAGCGCGGCAUGAGCGAGCAGAUGAAAAAGCUUUGGGCAAAUGUAAAAGCCCUGGGUAUAAAGCACCGCUUCGACAGGGACAUUCCGCGACAUAGAUACCUCUUGAGAAACAACGACUGGCUGAAGGACCUAGGUGCCAUUGAACUGAUGAAGACUCUGGGGUUUCAAAUGAGGCUUACGGAGAUGCUCAACCGUGACUCGGUGCGAGCGCGACUGGAAAGUGGCAACGGGAUGUCGCUGGCGGAGUUCUCCUAUCCUCUGUUCCAGGGUUACGAUUGGUGGCACAUGUACAAGACACUGGGAGUCCAGCUUCAAUUAGGCGGCUCCGACCAGUAUGGCAAUAUAUGCGCAGGAAUGGAAGCUGUCGAGAUCAUGCGCAAACGCAAAACCGAAAACUCGCCGGACCAGCUGGAUAACCCUCGGAAGGCGACAUAUGGCAUCACCACUCCGCUACUAACAACCGCUUCGGGAGAAAAGUUCGGUAAAAGCGCUGGUAAUGCUGUUUGGCUCGACCAGGAUAUGCUGAGUUCCUUUGAUCUAUAUCAGUAUUUCCUCGGCACUGCAGACGAUGAUGUCGAGCGCUACUUGAAAAUCUUCACUUUUCUUCCGCUCGAAGAAAUUGACCUAGUCAUGAACGCCCAGCUGCAGGAUCCCUCGAAGCGAGUCGCUCAACAUCUACUCGCAAAAGAGGUCGUUGAGCUUGCUCACGGUGCCUUCGCUGCAAAAGUUGCAGAGCAAGCGCAUAGGGAUGCGUACAGCGCUGGCGCAAGCGUUUACAAUUCCCGGGUUCUGGAAUCUGCCCUGGGUCUCGCUGCGGAAAGAGAUAAAGCUAAGCCCCCGUCGCAUAACGAUGGUACCUGGGUUAGGGAUAAGAACGGGAAUCUCGUCGGCCAAAAGAUGAUGGAGUAUAAGAAGCAGUUCGCCGCAGGAUCCAGCAAGGCAGGCAUGGAAAAUGUAUCAGCGGACCGCGAUCCAUCGAAUGUGGUAACACUGCCGAAGGAGUUGUUCGCGGUUAACUCCUUCCCACGGCUGAUGUACGCGGCCGGUUUGACGUCUUCUAGGAGCGAGGCGCACAGGUUAAUCGCCAGUGGCGGCGCCUAUGUUGUCGAUCCGUCCACUGGGUCUCCCGCGGACCCUUCAGUACUGAAGUGGCAUGCCAUCAAUAAAGCCGACAAACCAAGCAAUUACAUCAUCAAUGCGCAGGCUAUAGUCCUGCGUUCAGGGAAAUCCAAAAUCCGGAUCUGUAGAAUGAUGGAUACCGAGGAAUUCAGAGCGAGGCAGUUAACAUGUCCGAGUUGGGGAGCUGGCCGAAAACAGAAACAGGGGGGUGUUGCGGAUGGUGAGACGUCGCUGGGGAAGGUUGCGAAGGGGGAAAGGUUGCAAGAGAAUGCGGCGGAAGAGAAGACGUCACAGACGAAUGUUGUGAGCGAGCAGGCCUCAAAGGAGUUUUCAAUCAAAGAGGGUGCACCCGAAGAGGCAAAGAGCUGAGCGUUUCUUGCAUACUUGCAUUCGCGUCCACGACCUACCCUACAUGGGAAGACUGCAUCUUGUCCACGGCUUCAGACACGUCGCGCCUUUUGGGUCGAUACGUUUCCCCCAGUGUAAACAUACUGUAACCAUAAUGUGGCAAAAAUUGGUGGGAAGACAUAUGCCCCGCUGUGAACUAUUAUAGCCUUGUUGGAUCAUAGCUAGACGAUGGUUGGCAAAUUAGAGGCACUUGCACGAGAAGUCAAACUUUCUUAACUUCUGCUGCUAGAGCACAACAGUACCGCACUUUUUGUGUCUCCCAUAAAAUAGAAGAAAACCUGGGAUGCAACGAAGGCUUUCACCUCACCUCAGACGUGCU